AUGGACGCUUCCAUCGAUCUCUCGGACGCCUCCAAGGCGCUGGACCUGGAGAACAUCCGCUUCCAGCUCAUUCGCCUGGAGGAUACUAUCACCUUCCACCUUAUCGAGAGAGUCCAGUUCCCGCUCAACAGACGGAUAUACAUCCCCGGCGCCGUCAAGAUCCCCGGCAGUGAGCUCAGUCUCAUGGACUAUGUCCUCAGCGAGCAGGAACGUCUCCAGUCCCGUGUCCGUCGCUACCAGUCACCCGAUGAAUACCCUUUCUUCCCCGACGUCGUUGAAAUGCCCAUCCUACAGCCUCUCCAAUACCCCAAGAUCCUGCACGAGAACGACGUCAAUGUCAACGAUGUGAUCAAGUCACGCUACAUCAACGAGAUCCUGCCGUCGCUGUGCAAGUCCAGAGACAGGGGUGAAGCGCAGGAGAACUACGGCUCCUCGGCCACGAGCGACGUCAGCUGUCUGCAGGCACUCUCGCGAAGGAUCCAUUUUGGCAAAUUCGUCGCAGAGUCGAAGUUCCUGGCCGAGACGGACAAGUUUGUCAAGUUGAUCAAGGCCGGGGACAGGGAUGGCAUUGAAGAAGCCAUCACCAACUCCAAGGUCGAGAAGAUGGUGCUCGACCGGCUACGGCUAAAGGCAAAGACCUACGGCAGGGACCCGGCAAAUCCGAGCGAGGGCAAGUCCAAGAUCGACUUCGAGGCCGUCGUCUCCAUGUACAAGUAUAGCGUUAUUCCAGUGACAAAGUUCGUCGAGGUGGAAUAUCUAAUGCAGCGACUGAAAGGAACCGAGUGGGAAGACAAAUAA